UUGGGUCCUUUAUUAUAGUGAUAUAGACACUUCCAGUCGUUUUAGACCUUCCCGAAAUCCUCCAGACCAACAUUGAAACGCAAAAAGGAAACUUAUAGGCUAGCAGGUGAACAGUGAAGCACCAUGUGGUCGACUCAGUUGUGUCGAAUACCUAUCACAGCUUUCCUUGGAUCAAUAAGUAAACAGCACACACUUCGUGCAGCUCAAAAGUCCUGUACAUUUGUAAGAGUACAACAAUGUUCCCAAAAUACACGCACAGCAUUUUCUCGGAGGGUUCAAAAGAGAACCUCCCUAAAAGAGAAAGCCAUGGCACCUGCAGGAGGCAAAGCAUUUCAGAUUGGAAAUGCUGUGGCAGCAGGCUCAUCAGCCGUGGGAAUUGGAGCACUGUGCUUCUAUGGACUGGGCUUGUCAAAUGAAGCUGGAGCUGUUGACAGAGCCCUGCUGUGGUCCCAAGAGGUGAGACAACGUAUCAGGGCCACCUAUAUGUACUUUGGUGGUAGCGUGGCACUGACAGCAAUGUCGGCCAUGGCGGUGGUACGAACACCUGCCCUCAUGAACCUGGCGAUGAAAAAUUCCUGGCUGGCAAUUGGUGCCUCCUUUGCUGCAAUGAUAGGCACAGGAAUGCUGUGUCGUUCCAUCCCCUAUAAGGAGGGUCUCGGAGCCAAACAGCUAGCAUGGAUGCUACAUAGUGGUGUGAUAGGGAUGGUGAUUGCCCCUAUAUCAUUGAUGGGUGGGCCACUCCUGAUGAGGGCGGCAUGGUACACUGCUGGAGUGGUGGGAGGUCUAUCUACACUUGCAAUGUGUGCACCUAGUGAAAAGUUCCUCAACAUGGGUGCCCCUCUGACCAUUGGGCUGGGAAUGGUGAUCGUCUCCUCGCUUGGUACCAUGUUUUUUCCCCCUGCCACUGCCCUGGGGGCAGGGCUGUACUCCAUCAGUGUGUAUGGAGGGGUGGUCCUUUUUGGAAUGUUCUUGCUUUAUGAUACACAAAAAAUCAUCAAAAAUGCUGAGCACCACCCAUCCUACUCGCCCGUUCCUUAUGAUCCAGUCAACCAGUCAAUUGGAAUCUACCUUGAUACCAUCAAUAUCUUUAUCCGCCUGGCUAUGAUCCUUGGGAACAACAGGAAGAAGUAAUAUGUGGCGGUUUCAAAUGGAAGUACCUAACUCAAUAUAAAGUGUGAUAGCUUGUCUUGAUUUUCCUUCAUUUUGUACCCUGGCUUCUGCAGAUGAGGACAGUACAAUGUCACUGAGAAUCCAACCUUGUCCAAUAGCAAAGAGAGCGAUGAUCAGCUCAAAAUGGUCACUGGUGAUGGUGAUGUGAUCAGCUACCUUUGACUAGUAAAGAUAGUGAAUAAUAAAGACCUAUAGACUGACGAGUAGGAUCCACAGCCAGGUGUGAGAUAUUAAUCACAGUUUAUGUUAAUUUUACAGAUAUACGUGCUACAUUAUACAUAUUUGUAUUGAACAAGCGUUGAUGUUUACAUCUCAUGUAAUACAGUGGUUCUAUACGGUGUGCUGAAGUUACAACAUUUCCCAGCUGAAGUUACAACAUUUCCCAGCUGAAGUUACAACAUUUCCCAGAUUUGAUGACAUAAUCGAUGAUUAAUCACUGGAAAUACAUCUCUUAUGAUUACAAAUAAAUAUUUAUGGACACUCCUGUACUUAUCAAUGCAGAUCUGUUAUUUCUAUACAUGGUAGUCUCACUAGGAUAAUAAAGAUUGCCUUGUGCAGUAAAAUCUGUUUUAAAUAUUGUAAUAAAGUUGUUAUUCUGUUUACUG